AUGAGAGUAAAAGGAGAUCGGGCGACGGAAAAAUACAGAAGCAGCGGCAUCGACAUCGUUUUCAAUAUUUUCAACGAAUUGACCAAAGAAUCCGAUGAAGAAGAAAUGCAGGAGCAAGAGGAAAUUGAAGCAAUGAAAGAGUUUAGAAGAGAUUUGGCGGAUAAAAUUGAAGCAGCAGUGUAUCGAAAAAAUAAAAGUCUGGUUAAUAAAAAAUACCGCCGCCAGAUGCGUAAACUCGCUGUGAAAUUAAAAAAUGAGCCCGACUACGCUGUCAAAAUUCUCUCCGAAGAAAUCUCUCCAGAAGAUGUCGCCCAAGACUGCGUCGACAUAGAAAACGGUGCAGGCAAAAGACAGGCACUUAUUGAAAUUUAA